CCAAGAUAACUAGAGAAGAAGAGGCCAUCAAACACUUUAACAAUACAGUUAAAUAUGAGGACAAGAGAUAUCAGGUGAAAUGGCCCUGGAUAACAUACCCACCGGAUUUACCUACCAAUUAUGGUCUUGCUUAUGGGCGACUAUCAAGUUUAAUACAAAGAUUAGAACCGCAUGCAAUGGAAGAGUAUGAUAGCAUUCUGAGAGAUCAACUAGCUUCAGGAGUUAUAGAAGUUAUAGAUCCUUCGGAAGUCGACUCCAGGACACACCCUGUUCACUAUCUCGCUCAUCAUAUUAUUCUUCAGAAAGGAAAGAAGGGACGGGUGGUGUAUGAUGGUUCUGCUAAACUUAAGAAUAGUAAAAGCCUCAAUGAGUGUAUGUACAGAGGACCUUCGAUGCUUGAGGACCUGACGGCUCUCCUUUUGAGAUUCAGAGUCAAUAAGAUUGGAAUCACAGCGGAUGUGGAAAAGGCUUUCCUUCAGGUUGGACUGCAACAGGAGGACAGGGAUGUAACCAGGUUCUUAUGGUUGAAGAACCCCAAAGCAGGAGUAAAUGAGAAUAACCUUCUCCACAUGCGCUUUUGUCGUGUCCCGUUUGGGAUCAUAUCCAGUCCGUUUUUGUUAACUGCUACAAUUCGACAUCAUAUGUCAAAAGGUGACCAAAAUCUUAUCUCAGAGAUAGCAGAUAGAACCUAUGUCGACAACCUAGUCACGGGCACAGACACGAUAGAGGAAGCUCGUCGUCUGGUGAACCAAACGAGGACUACAUUCACCGAGCUAUCAAUGAAUAUAAGAGAAUGGACAUCCAACAACAACGUAUUACUGAAGAGUAUCCCAAAACAGUUUCGGUCCAAGGAUACCGAAUCAACAAAGGUAUUAGGUCUUACCUGGCACAUGAACAAGGAUAUACUAAAACUGAGGCUAGGUGAAACUCUAGUGGAAAGAAAUCAGGACAAGAUAGCCAUGACAAAAAGAGGAAUAUUGAGAACUCUAGCCUCAUUAUAUGAUCCGUGUGGAUUUGCAGCACCUUUAGUUUUACCUGCCAAACUCCUUCUUCAGGAACUAUGGAAAAGGAAAGAGAAAUGGGACACUCAAUUACCAGAGGACUUGGAAGAAGAAUGGCAGAAGGCAGUGAAUGCUCUGAAGACUGCUGCUGAAAUAGAAAUUCCUAGACAUGUUGGGCUGUCACCAAAUAGAGACACAGAAUGUAAACUUCAUUGCUUCACUGACGCAUCUAAAAGAGCCUACUCAGCCGUAGUAUACCUCAGGAUUGUGAAUAAAAAAGAAAAGAGCACUAAAGUAAUGCUCAUAAUGGCUAAAUCCCGGAUCACCCCGAUAAACCACACAGAAGACCUAAAAAUACCGAAACUAGAAUUACUCGGAUUCGUCAUUGGGAAGCGACUCUUGACUUAUGUCAAGACAACACUUAAAACAGAACUGACACGUCUAUGUCUUUGGUCAGACAGUGAAAUAAUUUUAUACUGGAUGAAAUCAGAAAAGUUAUUGCCUCCAUUCGUUAGUAGAAGAAUAAACGAAAUCAAACAGGAAAAAGAUAUUGAACCUAGAUAUGUCAGUACAGAUUUGAACCCUGCAGAUCUAGCAACACGACCGGAACUUUGGCAUGUGAAGAAGGAAUUAUGGUUCAAUGGACCUCAAUUUCUUUUGCUGAGUGAGGAGGCCUGGCCAAAAUUGGAAGAACAUGGCCAGUCAGUUCUUUUAGCAGGAACCGACUCGACAAGAGAUACCAUGGAGGUAGAUAUGUCAACUCAUGAAGGAGAAUCCAUCGGAGGAACCAUAGAACAGGAAAAUAUAGAAAGAAUGAUCAUAGAUAUAGAUAAUAUGGAAGACAAGGACCAUAUGCCGGUUUCUGCCACCGGAGUUGAUGGAAACUGCAAAGACAUAAAGAGUUUACAGAAAUUACACUUCCCUCAAGAGGUAGCGGGUAAGAAAACAAGUCUGUCCAGAAAUUUAGGACUAUUUGUGGACAUGGACGGAUUAUUAAGAUGUAAAGGUCGAAUGAUGAACACAAUGUGUUCAUAUGACACCAAAUAUCCGAUACUAAUACCUAAGAACUCUGAAUUUACUGACAACCUGAUUCUGGAGACUCAUCAAAACUACUACCAUGUGGGAGCCCCACAUACACUGAGCAUUAUCCGACAGAAGUAUUGGAUUCCUCAGGGAAAGGCAAAGGUUCAAAGAAUAAUAAGGAAAUGUCAGCAGUGUAUUAAACAUGGCGGUGGUCCCUACAAACUCCCUCCCACACCAGCUCUGCCAGCAGAACGAGCUAACUACAGUGCUCCUUUCACAUACACAGGAAUUGACUAUUUCGGGCCAAUCUUUGUAAAGGAAAAUGGACAGAUGAAUAAAAGAUGGAUCUGCCUGUAUACUUGCCUAGCAGUACGAGCAAUUCACAUGGAAGUAGUUAAGGAUUUGACUGCAGAGGAAUGUUUACUUGCAAUGAAAAGAUUCAUAUCUACACGGGGAAGACCAGAACUCACAGUCUCAGACAAUGCGUUACAGUUUAAAUUAACUGCACAACUAUUAUCAAAUGUAUACUUCAUGGACAAUAAAAUAAGGUGGAAAUUUAUCCCUCAGCUCAGUCCAUGGCAUGGAGGUUUUUAUGAACGACUGAUCGGCGUUGUAAAGAAUCGCAUGAAGAAAACCCUAGGAAAAGGAGUUCUAAACGACACACAGUUGAGUACAGUAGUCAAGGAAAUCGAAGCUGUGGCGAACUCACGUCCACUUACAUGCGUUGGUUCUGACAUAGAAUAUAUAUUAAGACCGGCUGAUUUCUUAACCUACGGGAAAUGUAUAGCGAUCGAGCCUUCCAUACAAAAUCCGUAUCCAGGGGGGUCAGUCACGAAAGAAAAUCUAAUAGAAGGAUGGAAAAAGGGCAAAAUGAUCUUAGAAGAAUUUAAGAGAAUGUUCCUAGGACAAUACCUUUGCAGUCUUCGUGAAAGAUAUCAACAUUCACACAAGGAACCUCGGGUUAGAUCUAAUCAAAACCCUCAGAUUGGUGAUAUAGUCCAGAUUAAAGGAGAAUCAAAAAAUAGAGAGAACUGGAAAGUGGGCAAAAUCAUCAGCUUAGAACGAGGAGCCGAUGGAGAGUGUAGGGUUGCAAAGGUUGAUGUGGAAGGAAAGGAAUUUAUAAGAUCAAUAGGUCAUUUGUAUCCGCUAGAGGUCGAAGAGGCUAGGCUUGAUUAUUCUGAAACAGGAGUGAGAAAUCAAGAAAAUCCAGAUGUACAGAAUGUAGAAGAAUCUUCGGAGGAUAGAACUACAGGGGUACAGGAAAUAGAAAGCACACAUCUUGAAAAGGAAGCUACAGGACCAAUGCGAUCUGACAUUGCAGAAGAUAAUGAUAGCACACAAGAGACUGUGGGUUUAGAGGACAUACUCACUCCGGUAGAGAGAGUGCAAGAAAAUGGUACUGGCGAGGGUGACAAAACAGUGACUGAAGGUAAUGAGACUACAGAGACAGUGGAAACUGUGUCAUAUGGCAAUGAAGAAAGAAGCAGACGAGCAGCUGCUGUCCGGGCAAGAGAAAAGAUUGCCCAAUGGACGAGCCAGCUGAUAGCACUGCUAUAG